CUAUGGCGGGCGGAAGGGCGAGUGGGCGUUCACACACGCGCACACACCUGCGGAGAAAUAAACGCACCGAUGUGUUCAGCGGUUAUGCAGACCAUAAGGACAUAAACCGGUGUGCACAAGUUGGCGGGGCGUUACCUGUAUGAGUGCAUUGGAGUCGGGACUCCUGAGGGAGAUGCCAUACGUGGCCUUGAACUUGCGCAGCAGUGACAGAGCCCCCAUGUACAUGCGACCCCUACACACGCCAACAAUACAACAAUACGCAUGUACGGUUGGGUGGAUGGAUGGAUCAUUCGUGCGCCUUGUGUCACUCACUGACUUGGUGAGUAGUUUGAUCAUGAUGGCUAGUGUGCAUCCGGACGGCGUCUCCCUGCUCGUGGUCUGGCGCGGGCGAGGCCGAGUCGGAUGGGUGGGCCUGCGGUGCGACCGUGUGGUCGCCCUCCUCCGCCAAGACAUCGGCUGUUGGGGGCGGCAGGGCAAUCUCAUUGUCGCCACGAUCGCCUCCGGCAGCCGUAGCAUCAGCAGCCGGCACGGGCGACACAGCCGCAUGCGCCACCACCCUGGCUGCCGUGUGCUGGCCCUUGGUUGUGUGUGUCUGCGGAUGAGGAUAGCGGCGGCCCCCGAUGCACUCGUAUGUGGCCGAUCUUUGCCGAUUGAAUGCUUGGAGCCCCUCGUACACCUGCCGUGGCGUGAGGCGGUAGAGGACGGAGCUGCGACGGGCUGAGAAUGGCAGCUGGGGAGACGUGCUUGGCGGCAAGGGCUGCGCUGCAUCGGAGGGUGACGACACGGCGGACACGCUGUGACCCAUGUUGCUCGUCAAUCUCGCCAGCCGAGGAACUGGAUAAACAUACAUGAAUACGUGCAGAAAGAUAAGGCGGGCGUCUGCCAUGUUGUGAGGGUCCCUUCACUAGCGUACGUACUUGUGUGAGCGUCGCUGUGGUCGAUGGCCUCGACAGCUGGGUCGGUUGUCUUGGUGGUCACGUUGGCCGCUUGCGACGCUGCUGCCGCCUGGGUGGUGUCUAGGGUGGGGGUAGCUGUCGACGACGUGCACUGGUUGUGCCUGGCGUCGUUGGCCGUCUCCCACAGCAU